AUGAGCUCCGUUGGAGCGGAUGUAGCGGCCCAGUUAAGCCGCGGUACCAGGAAUGAAGUGUCGCAGGAUUAUGCAGUCAUUUUGCCCCCUCUGCCAACUGGGUAUGUUGUCCAAAAUAUUGUUUUUCUACAUGCUGAUAUAAAAGGAAGACCGUACCGUGCAGAAGAUUUCCGUGAACCACUGUUUCAACGUGUCCCGCCCACCGAAGUUCUUGCGCUUGGCGCCUAUCAAAUGAACCAUGUGUGGGCGGUUACCUGCAAGACCGCUGAAGGCGCGAAGAAGUUUUUGGGUGAUCCGGAAUUGACGGUGAAGGGCCGGCGAUGCAUCGUAAUUGAUCCAAGCCACCACGACGUCCGUCUGAAGCUUCACUGGUUGCUCUACCACGUACGCGAAGAAGAUGUGCGAAACGCGCUGAGCCCCUACGGAACGGUCAUGGAAAUAGGACUGGAUAAAUGGCGAAUUGACGGCUACAGCCAGCAGAGCACCAUGACACGUACAGUUGUGGUGCGACUGAAGGCCGACGUAACGUUGGACGAUUUACCACAUCAGCUUCCUGUUGGAGGCGAGCUCGCCCUUGUCGUGGUGCCCGGAAGAGCACCAAGGUGUUUGCGCUGCCAGCAAAUUGGCCACAUCAGAAAGGAUUGCCGCGUCCCGCGAUGCAACGUCUGCAAACGCUUUGGCCAUACCGUAGAAAACUGCUCGAGGACGUAUGCUGCAGCUGCCAUGACCACGGUGAGCACGAAGAAAUCCGAGCUCACCAUGGACGAAGCCGAAGCAGAAGAAUGUGUGAGUCCAGCAGCAAUUUCAGGGGCACAAGAGACAAGCACCCAAGAAAAUGAGCCACCGAAAACUGAGGAAAGUUUGAAAAUCACUGCACAUGUGCAAAUUCCAAUUCAAGCGAAGACGAAGAGUACGGACUCCAAUGUCACCGAGGAUGCCACCAAUAAAACAAGUGCAAACACUGAGGCAGCGGAAGUUCACCAAAGCCUCCCGAAGAGGAUUUCAUGGAUUGCCGUGAAGCACAAGAAAAUAGUGCGGUGGUAA